AUAAAUGUGUUAAGGAUUCUGUUUUAAGAGGUCCUUAGUAGUGUUGAUCACGUAAAAUUUAUAUUAAAUUGUAAUAAGUACUCAAUUAUAUUCCAUUCCAUUCUAUUCCAAAUUAUUUUAAAGAACAUUGGUAUAAAAUAUUUUUUAAUGGAUACCUGUCAAUUUUAAUAUACAACACCGAUAUAUCUUCUUAUAAUUUAUAACUAAGAGACAGAAAAUCUUUAAAAUGAUAUCAUACACGAUAUUACCUAUUUUUUUAGCUUCUUUUUAGAAACACGUUUUUUCCAGUCUGUCGACCAAUUAAAUACAAACAUUUCGUACAAAUCUUCUUUAAAAGAUACGAGCGCCGAGAGACUAUUUAAUGGUUGUUCGUGGGUUAUGAUCAAUUUUGGAUUUUUUCUACUUUAUCUGUAUAAGCAUUGACACCACUUUCUGAUAUAACAGGGCCGAGAUAUUAAAAAAAAAUUGGGGCAUACUUUGGAUUGGCGAAGCCUAGCGAAUAUCUCUUAAACAUUCUUUAAAUGUUACGUAAAUAUUUUUUUUCCUAGAAGACUGACGUCAACCAGUCCAACGGUGAACGAAGCAAUAAAAAGUCCAAGAGAUCAUGUUUCUUGGACUUGUAAACUGCCAAAGUCUUGUUUCUGUCAUUCAUUUGCCAAUAGUCCACAAAAAAUCUUGUAUUAUUCUUUUCUCUACUAAUACAACUAGAGGUGUACAAGACCUCUGAGAUUGUUGUAGCAUUCGUUGUAUCUUUAUGUCUUGUAGCACUAAAUAAACUUUACCUUAUUUAACAAAAGGAACUUUUCGAGGUGCUUGUCUUAACGGGGCAUGUGUUAUUACGGUGUUGCAACAAAUCAAUACUUCCCAGGUCAUUAUUGUGUAACAAAAUACAUCUUAAUAUUCUUCAAGAAGACUUCGGAACUUAGAUUCAGUAUCUUUCCAUAUUUUUCUUUAAUUCUGCCAUUAAUCACCACCUUUAAAUUAGCUGAUAUUGUUAUAUCUCUAGAUAACUUAACAACUUUGGCGUUAUCUUUAUCUUCAUAGAUGGCGACCAUGAGGACUUUUCACUUCCCGUUAGCAAUAUCGGAUAUUACACAUCAUACAUAACUUUUGCAGUUACGUAUCAUUCUGCUCGAAUGUUUUGAAGCCAGUGGAUGCUUUUAUCAUUCACUGACUUCAGAAAUAAAUUUGGUGGUGGUGAAAUUCAACGUUGAUCUACCACAAUUACACAUUUUUUUGCGUCACUACUACGUUCGUUCCAGGAUCAAAUUUUCUCAAAGGUCAAAAUUCAAAUCAGUCAAACAGUCAAGUUUCAAAAGGUCAGAUGUAUUAGGAGAGGAAAUAUCGAUCUUAAACUGUUGAAGGCCCUCAUCAGGUGCUUGUCAUCGAGAUUUUCAAAUGAGCAUGGUAUAUAUGUUUUGACUUUAAAACUCGAUUUCGCUUUUUAAAAAAAAAAGUUUUUUUUAAUAAGAUAAUUAUUAUUUAAUUAAACUAAUUAUUAAAACUUCAAAAUUCAAAUGGACAUAGAUUAAAUAUACAACUUAAAACUAAUCUUACAGAACUAACUUAAAAUUAUUAUGCGUGCUGUAUUUAUAGAAAAUAGGACAGCGGUGUCAGCGGUUCCCAUGGUAGGAGCAUCGGGCGUAGACAAUGGUAGAGUUUAUGUAGUAGUAUAAUGGAAGCUCUUCCCAAUCAACCUUAUCAAGAAUAUUGCCCACCAGAAGGUUACGAUUCUUCUAAAAAAUGUUCUGUUAGAGGAAAUUAUGUUUCACAGCCCAUCUGGAAUCACAUAAGCGGAUUUUACUGUUACAUUUACACAAACAAAGCUAGAUUUUCAAAAAAAUACACAUACUACACUAAUUAUCUAUUUAAUUGUAACGGAACUAAUCUGAGCUUACCGGUUGCAAUUGUGAAUGAUUAUACGAUAGCCUUGUACGACUACAAAAAUACAGCUUCAGCGGAAUUGCUAAGAAAUUCUUUCAAAACACAGGACUUCUUUGACAAUUACAUAAAAUGUUGCAAAGAUGCGGAAAAGUGCUGUGCAAAGUUAAUGACAAAUGAAAACAUUAUUUCAGAUCAAUUCAGAUGUCCAGUUGUAUGGGAUGCAUGGUCCUGCUUUCCUCUUACCCCAGUUGGUACAACAGCCACUUUGCCAUGUAGCAGUCAAGCAUAUCAAUCACCUGAUAAGGUGUGUACAUUAGAAAGUAAUAAAGUCUGUUACAAAAACCAGACCACAGGUUUAGCAGAAUGGAACCAACAAACCGAUUAUUCAACAUGCACAAUAGCACCUGUAUACCUCAGAAGGCACAACUACCAUGUGACCGCCCUCUACGUCUGCACUGCAUUUUCCUUUCCCGCCAUUGUAAUAUUUUUGGUUAUUCCAGUAUUUCGAGAGACAACACGAGUGAUUCUGCAUAGAAAUCUUCUCGUUGCAAUUGUAGUAAGAAAUAUUUUUACAAUACUGGCGAAAAAAAUCGUAAUCAUUGAUGCUUUAUUAUCGAGCUCUCUUAGUAACCACGUGAUGGAGAGUAACUCUGUUUUAUGUCGAAUACUAUCAUUUUUUAUGUCAGCUGCUACAAAUGCAACAUAUGCCUGUAUGCUAGUCGAUGGAUACUAUUUACAUAAAGUUAUUGUAAGAACGUUUGCUAGAGAGCCUUCCCUGGUUACACUUUAUAUUGUUGUCACUGUAUUGACCUUUCUUCCGUCAAUAAUCUGGGCUAGCAUAGUAGCAGCUAAUGAGCGCACUUCUUGUUGGAUGGUGGAUACAAAUGGAGAACAAUGGUCAGUAGACAGCUUUCGAGUAGCAAUUUUAAGCAUCAACACUGUACUCCUACUAGAUAUUAUUAGAAUCAUGAUUUCGAAAAUGAAGCAGGGUGGACCAACCAGACAAACAAAGGCAGCAUUUAGAGCAACGCUUUUUCUUAUACCCUUAUUUGGUCUCCAUAUUUUCAUAACGGCAAAAAAGGUGGUGGUAAAUGAUAGUUGCCUAGCAGAAGACGUUUACGAUUAUUUCCGAUAUACUAUGGAAGCUAGCCAAGGAAUCUUUGUAGCUUUGCUCUUUUGUUAUGCCAAUUCAGAGGUACAUACCGAACUCAAAAACGCUUUUAGAAAAAUAGCCAUAAGAUUGAACCAAAGGUUUGGAUGGGAGUUUGGUCGCUUUACAAAAUCCACCAAAAGAAGAACGACCACUGCUACAUAUGUAGCACCAAGAGGAUCUAUAAAUGAAUUUUAAUUUUAACAUAAAAUGUCGUUUUUACACUAAUUUAUAUAGAACUAUAUUUUCUGUAAGUUAUCUUUAGACCUUGCAAUUUUCAAUAAUUGCCAUUAUUUCCCAGAAUUAGCUAAUAAGUAAAUUUUAAUUAGA